GGUGUGGGUGGGACCUUCUGCCUUCUCAGGGCCGCCCCUCCUGCAUGGCCUGGGGCGUCCAAGUUCCCCUUCUGUGCUUGGCCAAGGCUCUGUCUCUGUCACCCUCUGGCUUCCUGUUGGGGCUUCCUCGUUCCCUCCCCACAUUCGGGGCGCUUCCCUCCCCAGCAGAGGGACCUGAACCAGCUCUGUGCUGGCGGAUGCGGACAUGGUGCCCCUGCUGCUACUGCCCCUGCUGUGGGGGGGGUCCCUGCAGGAGUCUCCAGGGUACGAGCUCCGAGUGCAGGAAUCAGUGGCGGUGAAGGCGUGCAUGGACGUCCACGUGCCCUGCUCCUUCUCCUACCCCUGGGAUUCGGGAUCCUGGUAUUCCUCUGGCGAACUCUUCAUCUACUGGUUCCGGGAAAAAGACCCCUAUACCAAUGAUGUUGUGGCCACAAACGACGGGAAACGAGUGAAGCCAGAAACCCAGGGCCGAUUCAGCCUCCUCGGGGACCCCAGGAACAACAACUGCUCCCUGAGCAUCAGAGAGGCCAGGCUGAGCGACUCAGGAGUCUACUACUUGCGAGUGGAGAGAGGACCUACUGUGAGAUACAGUUACAUAGAGAAGAAGCUGAAUUUGCAGGUGACAGAGAAACCCGACAUCCAGUUUCUGGAGCCUCUGGAGUCCGGCCGCCCCACAAAGCUGACCUGCAGACUGCCACUAGCCUGUGAUGAGCCACAGCCUCUCCUGUUCUCCUGGGUGGGGGACGCCCUUGAUGCCAUGAACCCAGACACCCUCCACUCCUCGGAGCUCACCCUCACCCCGAGGCCCCAGGACCACGGCACCAACCUCACCUGUCUGGUGACACUCCAGGGAUCCCAGGUGGCCCUGGAAAGAACCGUCCAGCUCAACGUCUCCUAUGCUCCGAGGAACCUCCGCAUCAGCCUCGCCUUCAGAAAUGUCACAGCCCGCAAGAUUCUGCAGAACGCCUCAUCUAUUCUCAUCUCAGAGGGCCAGGCGCUGCAGCUGCUGUGUAUUGCUGACAGCAACCCCUCUGCACAACUGAGCUGGUUCCAAGGGUCUCCCACCCUGGAGGCUACCCCCAUCUCCAGCACCGAGGUCUUGGAGAUACCACAAGUGGAAGCUGGAGAUAGAGAAGUCACCUGCAUAGCGCAGAACCCUCUGGGCUCCCAGCAAGUUUCCUUCAGCCUCUUUGUGCAGAAAGGCCCCCCUCCCUGCAGCUGUGAGACUGAGGAGCAGCAGGGCUCCUGGCCCCUGGUCCUCACCCUGAUCAGAGGGGCCCUCAUGGGGGCUGGCUUCCUCCUCACCUAUGGCCUCACCUGGACCUACUACACCAGGUGUGGUGGCCACUAGGGAGCUGGGCUGAGGGGUGUGGCUGAGCCUGGCUCCCUGUCAUGACGAGAUUCACCUGAGGAUGCAGAGCCCAGAGGACAGACGUGGGGACAUCACAGUGUGCUUCUCCCUGGAAACUCUCGCCUCCAACCCUGUGUCGUUUGCAUCUACGAGCCUUUAUUUGUGGAGAUGACUGCGUGACAGUAGGAAGAUUCAAUACCAUUGAAAGGAGACUUUCUGACUUACCUCGCUUAGCAUGAGAUUACUCAUGUUGUUACAUGUAUCAAUAACUUAUUGUUGGUUUUGCUUGGUUUUGUCUUGAAAAUAGUAUUUUACGUAUGACUAUUCCUCCAGUUAUGUAUGGACCUAAAAUACGAUGACAUUGCCUUCGUUUGCAAAUUUUGGCUCAUUCAAAGUAACGUUGAUGUGAAUGGUGUGAUGAAAAUAGGAGGGCUAGCACUUUUCUCCUGGUGGGUGUGGAACUGCUUCAUCAUAAAUUUGGCAUAUAUUUAGUUUGAGAAGGUAGCCUCAGAGAGUUCUUUUAAGUAGUUAGAUGAGUUUAUAUUCCAUGGUCAUAAAUGAGGGUUCUGAGCUUUC